AGAGCUGGAGGGAGCCGGGGGCUCUAGUGCACGGCGCAGCCGGACUGGAUCACAGGCUGGAGGCCCGUGGAGGCGGCCGGGACCCAGCGGUCCCCAAGAUGUCACGAUGGCUGAGUUCGUGGUCGAACUCUGUGAAAGAGCGGGUGUGCCGUUACUUGCUGCAGCACUACUUGGGUCGUUUCCUCCAGGAGGACCUCAGCGUGGACCAGCUCAGCCUGGAUCUCUACAAGGGCAACGUUGCUCUGCGGGACAUCCACUUGGAGAUCUGGGCUGUGAACGAGGUGCUGGAGUCUUUGGAGUUGCCAGUGGAGCUAGUGGAUGGCUUCAUGGACUCCAUCGAGGUGGCUGUGCCUUGGGCUGCACUGCUCACUGAGCACUGCACUGUGUGUGUGUCAGGCCUCCAGCUCACCCUGCAGCCCCGCCAGGGUCCAGGGCCAGGGGCUGCUGACUCUCAGACCUGGGCUUCAUGUAUGACCACAAGCCUGCAGCUGGCCCAGGAAUGUCUGCGUGAAGGGCUAUCUGAGCCCUCAGAACCACCACAGCUCUUAGAGGGGCUAGAGAUGUUCGCACACACAAUCGAAACUGCUGCUCUACCUGAUCCGAGCCCUUCACCACCCCCAGUGCUGCGGAGUAUCAAGGUGAUCUUCCUAGACACUGUUGUGAGGGUGGAGCACUUGCCUACUAACCAUGAGCACCGCGUGGCCCUGGAGGUCCAUGUGCAGAGACUGGAAUACUGUGAUGAGGCAUUGCGGGACCCAAGCCAGGCACCCCCCAUAGAUCUGCACCAGCCACCUGCCUUCCUGCACAAGCUGCUGAAGCUGGCGGGGAUCCACCUGUACUUUGAGGAGUUCCCCUCACAGGCAGAACCAUCAAGCCUCCCCCUGCAGAUUGGCAGCUGCUCGGGGUACAUGGAGCUGACAGUGAAGCUGAAGCAGAAUGAGGCUUUUCCAGGCCCUAAGUUGGAGGUGGCAGGACAGCUGGGCUCCCUGCACCUGCUCCUGACUCCUCAGCAACUCCAGCAGCUCCUGGAACUUCUCAGCACUGUCGGCCUUGCUGAACCAGAAGUCCUGGCUGACAAGUUGAACAAGAGCCGCCCGCUAGAUGCUGAAGACCUGUGGUUGAUUGAGCAGGAUCUAAACCAGCAGCUGCAGGCUGGUGCUGUGGCUGAGCCCCUCAGCCCAGAUCCCCUUACCGCUCCUCUAAACAUGGACAGCACUGACCUCUUCUUCUCCAUGGCUGGCCUCACAAGCAGUGUGACCUCAGCUGUCUCAGAGAUGUCGCUCUCUGAUGUAGACCUGGGCUCUUCUGUGCAUACCAAUGUAGCCUCCCGCCGGCUCUCUAUCCCAACCCAUGCAGUAGCCUCUGUCCCCCCAGGAAAGGCGGCCCCCACUCUCUCUGUGGACACCAUGCGCCCUGACUCGCUGUUGAAGAUGACCUUAGGGGGCAUGACCAUGACCCUGCUCCAGACUUGUGCCCCAUCUUCCGGACCACCUGACCUCGCCACCCACUUUUUUGCUGAGUUUGAUGCCACCAAGGAUGGGCCCUUCAGCUCCCGAGACUUCCACCACCUUCGGCAGUGCUUCAAGAAGGCCUGUCCCUGUAGCCAUGUCCGGCUGACAGGCACAGCUCUGCAGCUGUCAUGGGAGCUGAGGACCGGCAGUCGAGGCCAGCGAGUGAGCCGCACAGAUGUGCACUUCGGGCAGCUGGAGGUGCUAGAGUGCCUGUGGCCUCGGGGCAGUGCAGAGCCUGAGUACACCGAGAUCCUGAGUUUUCCCAGUAACCUGGGUUCCCAGGCCUCAGCUCAGCCCUGCGCCCACCUGCGUCACAUACAGACCCUGCGCCGCAUGCCAAAGAGCCGGCCUCGGCGCUCUGUUGCCUGCCUUUGCCACUCAGACCUGGCCCUGGACCUAGCUGACUUCCAGGCAGAUGUGGAGCUGGGAGCUCUGGACCGACUUGCUGCCCUUCUGCACCUUACCACUACAUCCCCUGAGCUGCCAGCUGGCCUGCUGACAGAGCCCCCGCUAGCCACUGAGCAGCAAACAGUGUUUCGGCUCUCAGCACCCCGGGCCACGCUAAGGCUACGCUUCCCCAUCGCUGACCUGCGGCCUGAACGAGACCCCUGGGCAGGCCAAGCUGUGCGGGCUGAGCAGCUGCGGCUGGAGCUGAGUGAGCCCCAGUUCCGGUCAGAGCUUAGCAGUGGGCCUGGUCCCCCAACCCCUACCCACCUGGAACUCACCUGUUCUGACUUACAUGCAACCUAUGAAGAUGGAGAGAAGCCACCCGUCCCCUGUCUGCGUGUCUCCAAAGUCCUGGACCCCAAAAGCACAAGCCGCAAGUACUUCCUGCCCCAGGUAGUGGUGACCCUGAACCCCCAGCCUAACAGCACACAGUGGGAAGCAGCCCCAGACAAGGCAGAGGAGCUGGAGCUGUCCACCGAGAGCCCAUGCGAGCUGCGGGAGCCUGAGCCUUCACCUUUCUCCUCCAAGAAGACCAUGUAUGAGACAGAAGAGAUGGUGAUUCCUGGAGACCCUGAGGAGAUGCGGAUGUUUCAGAGCCGGACCCUGGCACUCUCCCGCUGCAGCCUGGAAAUGACCCUGCCAAGUGCCCAUGUCUUUCUGCCCAGCAAGGAGGUCUAUGAGAGCAUCUAUAACAGGGUAAAUAACGACCUGCUCAUGUGGGAGCCCGCAGACCUGCUCCCCACUCGUGGCCCUGCCACCCAACCCUCUGGCUUCCCUAGCUCCUCAGGCCUCUGGCAUGAAAGCUUCAAGAUGUGCAAGUCUGCCUUCAAACUGGAUUCAGACUCAGACGAUGAGGAUGUCCACUUCUCAACAAAGGCAUCAGGUGCCCCCCAGGUGCCUGCCCCUGCGCCCCGGAAUCGCCAGUCCCAGAGCACCUUCUCUACACUGGUGACAGUGCUGAAGGGUAGAAUCACAGCCCUCUGUGAGGCCAAGAAUGAGAGUGGGAAGCGGCUGGAGGGCACACAUGGUGAGAUGGUGCUGGACGUGGAGCAUGGCACCCUCUUCAGCGUAUCUCAGUACUGUGGCCAGCCAGGGCUCGGCUACUUCUGCCUGGAGGCUGACAAGGCAACACUGUACCACCGAGCGGCCAUGGACGACUACGUGCUGCCCAGUCACCUGCAGCUGCCCAGCUUUGCCCCCCCAGCCCACCUGGCCCCAACUAUCUACCCAUCCGAGGAAGGGGUGAUUGAGCAGGGAGCCUCAGGCCGCAAGGGCCAAGGGCAUGGCACCCCCAUGCUGACCACUGCUGUGCGUAUUCACUUGGACCCCCACAAGAACAUCAAGGAGUUCCUGGUGACACUACGACUGCACAAGGCCACACUGCGCCACUACAUGUCCUUGCCUGAACAGAGCUGGCACUCCCAGCUGUUGGAGUUCUUAGAUGUGCUGGACGACCCUGUGCUGGGCUACCUGCCCCCAACAGUCAUCACCAUCUUGCACACACACUUGUUCUCCUGUGCUGUGGACUACAGACCGCUCUACCUCCCAGUGCGGGUCCUCAUCACCGCCGAGACCUUCACGCUCUCCAGCAAUAUCGUUAUGGACACAUCGACCUUCUUGCUCAGGUUCAUCCUCGAUGAUUCUGCUUUGUACCUGUCGGACAAGUGUGAGGUGGAGACACUGGAUCUCCGGCGAGAUUAUGUCUGUGUCCUGGAUGUUGACCUCCUGGAGCUAGUGAUCAAAACCUGGAAGGGAAGCACGGAGGGCAAACUGAGCCAGCCACUGUUUGAGCUGCGCUGCUCCAACAACGUGGUGCACAUACACAGCUGUGCUGACUCCUGCGCCCUGCUGGCCAACCUGCUCCAGUACGUAAUGAGCGCGGGCGACCUGCAUCCCCAGCCCCGGCCCCCCAGCCCCACGGAGAUCGCCGGCCAGAAGGUACAGCUUUCAGAGAGCCCUGCCUCCCUGCCUUCCUGCCCCCCGGCAGAGACAGCCCUCAUCAACCAGAGGGACCUGACUGAUGCACUCCUGGAUACAGAGCGCAGCCUUCGGGAGCUGACACAGUCCUCAGGUGACCCACUUUCUCAGGCCUCACCUGUCUCUGUCUACCUGUUUCCUGGUGAACGGAGUGGGGCCAAGUCCCCUUCGCCCCCUCCUGGGGGCCCUUCUGACAGCUUAGGGUCCUGCCCUGAGGCCACAGAUGAUGAUAAGGAAGAGGAAGGAGAUGGAGACACCCUGGACAGUGACGAGUUCUGUAUCCUAGACGCACCUGGCCUGGGCAUCCGGCCCCGAGACGGAGAGCCGGUGGUGACACAGUUGCACCCAGGCCCCAUCAUUGUGCAGGAGGGACACUUCUCCCGGCCGCUGGGCAGCACAGACCUGCUGCGGGCACCUGCCCACUUCCCAGUGCCCAGCAGCCGUGUGGUGCUACGUGAGGUCUCCCUGGUCUGGCACCUCUACGGGGGCCGAGACUUUGGCCCCCACCCCAGCCACAGAGCAAGAGUUGGCCUCACAGGCCCUAGGGGCUCCCCUUCCCGCUGCUCUGGCUCCAAUCGGCCCCAGAACUCGUGGAGAACACAGGGUGGCAGUGGGCGGCAGCACCAAGUCCUCAUGGAAAUCCAGCUCAGCAAGGUGAGCUUCCAGCAUGAGGUGUACCCAGAAGAGCCAGCAGCUGACCCUGCUCCAGGUCAGGAGGUGGAGGAGCGGCCGCUGUCUCGCCAGGUGCUCAUCGUGCAGGAGCUGGAGAUCCGAGACCGGCUUGCCUCCUCCCAGAUCAACAAGUUCCUGCAUUUGCACACUAGUGAGCGGCUGCCUAGGCGCACCCACUCCAACAUGCUCACCAUCAAAGCGCUGCACGUAGCUCCCACCACCAACCUGGGCGGCCCCGAGUGCUGUCUGCGCAUCUCGCUGAUGCCUCUGCGGCUCAAUGUGGACCAGGAUGCUCUCUUUUUCCUCAAGGACUUCUUCACUAGCCUAGUGGCUGGCAUCAACCCAGUGGUCCCAGGGGAGACCUCGGAGGCUCGCCCUGAGACCCGGGGCCGGCCGGGCAGCCCCCAGGGCCGGCCAGGCAGUCCCCAGGAAGGAGAACCCAAGAGCAUGGAGAUGAGCGACUCACGGGAGGGUCCCAGUGGUGGACACAGCUCUGCUGAACAGCAGCCCAUCUACUUUAGGGAGUUCCGCUUCACGUCUGAGGUGCCCAUCUGGCUGGAUUACCAUGGCAAGCACGUCUCCAUGGACCAGGUGGGCACCUUCGCAGGCCUCCUCAUCGGCCUGGCCCAGCUCAACUGCUCUGAGCUGAAGCUAAAGCGUCUCUGUUGCCGGCACGGGUUACUGGGUGUGGACAAAGUCCUGGGCUAUGCUCUCAAUGAGUGGCUGCAGGACAUCCGCAAGAACCAGCUGCCUGGUCUGCUGGGAGGCAUCGGACCCAUGCAUUCUGUCGUCCAGCUCUUCCAAGGGUUCCGAGACCUGCUGUGGUUGCCCAUUGAGCAGUACAGGAAGGAUGGGCGUAUCAUGCGGGGGCUGCAGCGUGGGGCCGCCUCCUUUGGCUCAUCUACAGCCUCCGCUGCCCUGGAACUCAGCAACAGACUGGUCCAGGCAAUCCAGGCUACAGCUGAGACGGUUUAUGACAUCCUGUCCCCGGCUGCGCCUGUCUCUCGCUCACUACAGGACAAGCGCUCUGCACGAAGACUGCGCAAGGGCCAGCAGCCCGCUGACCUCCGAGAGGGCGUGGCCAAGGCCUAUGACACUGUGCGGGAGGGCAUCCUGGACACGGCUCAGACCAUCUGUGAUGUGGCGUCACGAGGCCAUGAACAGAAGGGGCUGACAGGUGCCGUGGGAGGUGUGAUCCGCCAGCUGCCCCCAACUGUGGUAAAGCCACUCAUUGUGGCCUCUGAGGCCACAUCCAACCUGCUCGGAGGGAUGCGCAACCAGAUCCUGCCCGAUGCCCACAAGGACCAUGCCCUCAAGUGGCGCUCAGAGGAGGCCCAAGACUGAGCAGAGCUCCAGGACCACCAUGCUGGCCCACCCCAGGGCUGCACCCGCUCUCUGCCUCCUAAGAGCUGCAGCCCAUGGGGGCCAGAUGCAGGCCCUGUGGGACGGCCACUGUGAAGGACGCUGCUCGUUGCCAAUCGGUCAUGAGAGAGGGACCCGCUGCCUGGGGCCUUGGCCCUGUCUGCACUUUUCUUCUGGGGCAAAGAACUCUGCCCUCCCUGCCACAGGCCCCACAGCUGCCUCAACCCAGGAUGGAGGAUUUUGGACCCUCAGGCCCAACCCUACUCAGCCAAGUGUCUGUCUAUCUUUUGGGGAGUUAGGGACAGACACUGUGAGGGUUGGGGUGUUAUUUUUAAACUCUGUGAGCGUGUGGGUCAGUGUCUGCAUGAAGUGGAAUAAACUGCCCACCACCAGCCCCUCUCUUAAGUCCUGUAUGCCUGUGCCCAGCACCUCCCUGUCACCACCUGGACACAGAACACCGCCCCA